AUGACGGUCAUUGAAAUUGAAGUAGUCUUCGACUUCGUUUGCGCAUGGUGUUACAUCGGCAAGCGGAAGCUAGACAGACCCAUCGCUCUAUACCAGAAAGUCUAUCCAGGUGGAAAAAACGACGUCUUCUCUAUCAAGUGGCGUCCCUACUACCUCAACUAUAAUCCACACGCACACAGCGUACCCAAGAGCGAAUUAAUCGAUGGUCGGUUGAGCAACAUGACUCUGGAACAGCGAACGUCCCUAUUCAGCCGCAUGGAUCAGAUUGGGCGGUCCGUCGGUAUUCAUUUCAAAGUUGGAGGUAUGAUUGGGAAUACUCGCGAUGCGCAUCGCCUUGUCCAUCUCUGUGGAACUCAGUCUCCUGAAGCUCAGAGUGCGCUGGUGGAGAAGGUACUUGAGGCCUAUCAUGAGCUGGAGAAGGAUAUCUCAUCUAAGGAGGCGUUGACUGAACUAGCCGUGGAUACUGGGCUCGAUGCGAAGCAGGUGCGUGAGUGGCUGAAUUCUGAGCUGGCGGCAGAUAUUGUGGACAACGAAGCCUGCAAAAAUAAAGAGGAAGAGGGCAAUACGGGUGUCCCUCGCUACAUAGUUCAGAAUGUGUAUCAGUUGGCUGGUGCUGCAGAUCCGACUGAGUUUAUCGAGAUCUUUACGAAGGUUAAGGAAGCCGAAUCUCAACCUUCUAGCAUCAUCAUGUCCGCAAGGGUGUUUGUGACCGGAAUUACCGGCUAUAUCGGAGGCGACGCAUUCCACCUCAUCCAGCAGAACCAUCCGAACUUCGAGUUUUCAGCCCUGAUUCGAACUGAGGACAAAGCUCAGCAAGUACGCGAGAAGUAUCCAAAGGUACGGGUAGUCCUGGGAGACUUGGACGAUGCAGACAAGAUUGCCAAAGAAGCUGCAUGGGCAGACAUUGUGAUUCACACUGCCGAUGCAUCGGAUCAUGUUGGGGCCGCAAACGCCAUCGCAAAGGGGAUGAUCGAAGGCCAUAGUCCCGAACGGCCGGGAUACUGGCUGCAUACCGGCGGUACCGGUAUCUUGACCUACUUUGAUUCAGAAGUACGCAAGGUCUCUGGCGAGCCGGACGAGAAGGUGUUUAACGAUUGGGAUGGCGUUGACGAACUGGUUAAUCUGCCUGCGGCUGCAUUCCAUCGGAAUGUGGAUGAGAUCGUGCUGAACAUUGGUUCUAAGUAUUCCGACCGUGUCAAGACGGUCAUUGUAUGCCCUCCUACUAUUUACGGCCGUGGCAGGGGACCUGUGUCAGGUCGUGGUCGACAGGUCUAUGAGUUGGCCUCGUUUAUCCUGACGCAGAAGUAUAGCCCCCAAUUAGGAAGAGGCUUGGCUCGGUGGAACAAUGUGCACGUCUACGACCUGAGUAGGUUAUAUGACGGCCUAGUGCGGGCCGCUCUGGACCCUGCAAGAAAGGACGACAAGGAAAUUUGGGGCGCCAAGGGCUACUUUCUUUCUGAGAAUGGAGAACAUGUUUGGGGGGACCUAUCCAGGCUGAUCGGUCAGCAAGCUUUCAAACAUGGCCACCUUACGCAGGAACCAGAGCAUAAGGGAUGGUCACUUGAGGAAGCCCUGAAAUCGCCCGCAGGUUUUGAGGCUGCUAGCUGGGGCUUCAAUUCCAGAGGUGCUGCUCUUCGAGCGAGGAACGUGUUAGGUUGGCAGCCCCAAGAGCAGAGCCUUGAGGCCGAGAUCCCUGAAAUUCUCCGCGCUGAGGCAGCUAGGCUAGGCCAGUGA